AUGCUUCUAUCAAGUGUGUCUCUAAGCGAGGUGAGCGUAGUGGGCAUGGACGGAAUGGUGGAAGAAAACGGCACAUCUGGCGCAGCAGGCGUGACCGAUUCCUUGGCGGGCGCAGGCUCAUCGGCCAGUACCACGCCUCAUGUCGUCGUUACCAGUAUUGUGCAACUUACGUUGCCAACACAAGCACCGUCAGCCCAGGUGUUUAUUUUGACAAUUUGCAUUAUAUCAACAAUGGUCCAAUCAGUUAUCCAACCUAAUCAACAGUCAGUUAUCCAGACAGCCUCAAAUAUACAGUCAGUUCAACUUCCUAAAGGAAAUGUUAUAUUGGUUAGCAAACCAAGCUCAGUUAUUCAUACUACUCAAGGAACAUUGCAAACAUUACAGAUAAAACCUGAACCAAAUAGUGUAGUUAGCACACAAGGACAAUCCUGCAGUGAUGAAAGUUGUAGUGAUGAUGACAAUCCCAAAAGAAACUACAGAGAAAUGUUAACUCGACGUCCUUCUUAUAGAAAAAUUCUCAAUGAUCUUGGAGGUGGAGAAAUUGCUGAAAAUCGUAUGGGAACUAAAGGAUUGGAAAGUGAGGUGUCGCUGUCACCUUCUUUAUCAUUUGCGCCAGUGAUUCCAGCUGGAGCUCUUCAAACAGAUAGUGGUUUGCACACAUUAGCGGUCUCUGGUACUACUGGUGGGGGUGCAAUAGUGCAGUAUGCAACAAAUCAAGAUGGACAGUUUUAUGUACCGGGACCUAUAUUAGAGGACCAAACACGUAAACGUGAACUACGAUUGCUAAAAAAUAGAGAAGCAGCGAGAGAGUGUCGACGCAAAAAGAAAGAAUAUAUAAAAUGCCUCGAAAAUAGAGUUGCAGUGCUAGAAAAUCAAAACAAAGCACUCAUAGAGGAACUCAAGUCACUAAAAGAACUAUAUUGUCAGCAAAAAACAGAA